UCUAGCCUAGCAGUUCUAGCCAGUUCUAGCUAGCCACACGCAAAGAAUCAUGGCGUUUAUUCCCUCGAGGGCGAUGUUUAAUCCCGUGUUAAAACAGACUCUCAAGCAAAUUAUUUUCGCGAAGCAACUACUAAAAUGUCAAUGUCGUCAAUUGAACAAUCGGCUAUUCCUUCCAACUGUUACCAGUCAGAGAUUCUAUGCUGCAUAUACAGAAAAGAAGAUAUUCAGCCGCGAUAAACCACAUUGCAAUAUAGGCACUAUAGGUCAUGUAGAUCAUGGCAAAACCACUCUGACAGCAGCUAUUACCAAAGUCUUGUCUGAGAAGCAAUUAGCAAAAGCUAAGGGAUAUAGUGAGAUCGAUAAUGCUCCUGAAGAAAAGGCUCGUGGCAUUACCAUUAAUGUCGCACAUAUUGAAUAUCAAACAGAAGGUCGUCAUUAUGGACACACAGAUUGCCCAGGUCAUGCCGAUUACAUAAAAAAUAUGAUAACAGGAACUGCUCAAAUGGAUGGCGCUAUACUGGUCGUCGCUGCCACGGAUGGUACAAUGCCACAAACUAGAGAGCAUUUGCUUCUUGCUAAACAAAUUGGUAUCAAGCAUAUCGUUGUGUUUAUUAACAAGGUCGAUGCUGCUGAUUCAGAAAUGGUAGAAUUAGUAGAAAUGGAAGUACGAGAGUUGUUUUCUGAAAUGGGUUAUGACGGCGAUAAUAUUCCAAUAGUAAAAGGUAGUGCGCUUUGCGCACUUGAAGGAAAAAAUCCUGAAAUAGGUUCACAGGCUGUUCUGCAGUUGUUAGAAACAGUAGAUAAACAAAUCCCGACUCCAAUGAGAGAACUGGAUAAACCUUUCUUACUUCCGGUAGAAAAUAUAUAUUCUAUUCCUGGUAGAGGUACCGUGGUUACCGGUAGACUAGAGCGGGGUAAACUAAAGAAGGGAACAGAUUGCGAGUUUAUUGGUUAUAAUAAAGUUUUUAAAAGCGUAGUCACAGGUAUAGAAAUGUUCCAUCAAAUAUUAGAGGAAUCCCAUGCUGGGGAUCAACUUGGCGCUCUAGUGAAAGGUUUGAAAAGAGACGAAUUAAGAAGAGGCAUGAUAAUGUGUAAACCUGGCUCUUUGAAGGCGUAUGAUCACGUAGAAUCGCAAGUGUAUCUGUUGAAUAAACAAGAAGGUGGUAGGAAAAAACCGAUUGCGAAUAUGAUACAGUUACAGAUGUUUUGUAGAACGUGGGAUGUUGCAGUGCAAUGUUCGAUAGUGGGAAAGGAUUUAGCCAUGCCAGGAGAAGAUAGCACACUCGUACUAAAAUUGCUAAGACCAAUGGUAUUGGAGAAGGGACAACGUUUUACAUUACGAGAUGGAGUAGUAACUCUAGGAACUGGUGUGAUCACUAACACUCUGAAAUCACUUACGGACUCAGAGCGACAUGAUCUUCUCGAGGGCAAAAAGACACUGAAGAAGGACAAGAAAGCGCAACGGAAUUAGACUCAAUAAGUAUUUGUUACAAAAUAAAGCAGAAUUGUGCUGUGUAAUAAAGAAAAUAUAAAUCAGCUUAGUGAAAGUUUGAUAAGAUACGCAAGAUAUGACCAUCAUAGAUAAUAUAAUGGAUACAUAAUUUACAUAUUUAAAGAACGCAUUUCGCUACAUUGUAAAUUGUAUAAUUUUAUUCAUUAACAAAGAACAAGUAUCAAUUCAGUUAUUGAAAUAUAUAGAUAUAUGUAUGUGUGUAUACACACACAGGAUGGCCCUCGUAAGUGUUACAAGCUAUUAUCUCUAAAAGUAUGUGUCAAAUGAAAAAUAUGUUCAGACAAAAGUUUUUAACUUCAAGGGGACAUAAAAUGAAACGUUGGCAUUUCAAGAAUGGAUCUGGACACGUAGGAAACCCACGAAACGCAUAACCUUUAUAUAUAAAAUGGAACUAUUGGUUUGAUGUUGGCAAAGUCAGGGCAAGAUCAAUUUGAAUUUUUUAAAUGGAAUUCCCCACUUUUUAUUACAUAUUCUUGUAGCACAUCUCAAGAGCUUUCCAAAACACUAUAAUAAAAUAUUUUUUCAUGAAAUACUUUUCAAGUCAUUAGGUAAUGUUAAUGCUAGCAAUAUUAUAACUUUCAAGCCUUAUGAUAAAAAUGGAGGGUUCCAUUAAAAAAUUUUAAAGUUACUUUACCUCGACUUUGACAAGGCCACCUAAAGUCAAACUAAUGAUUCUAUCUCAUGUUCUCCUCAAAGUCAUAAAACUUUUGUCUGAAUAUAUUUUUUAUUUGACAUACUUUCAGAGAUAAUAGUAGCUUGUAACACUUUACGUGGGCCAUCAUGUGUGUGUUCAUAGAGUAUUGCUUUCAUUCCUUCUUCAGUUUUCAUGUAUCUGCAUUGGUAGAUGUAUUGUACAAGUAAAGUUUUAAAUAAAUAAACCAUUAAAUUAGUAAAAUGGAUUAUACGGAUUAAUAUGAAUCUGAAGGCGUUGUAGCUUCAAAAACAGUUUGAUAAUUUAUUAAAGUUCAUACAUCAGCGUGAUACAAUCUGCUUCAAGCAGAACAAUGAAACACUAUUAGAAGUAUACAAGAAUUAAAUAUACAUGUUGCAAUGUGUUAUUCCCAGUUCCUUUCUAUGUUAGAUAUUUAGCGAUGUAAUUUACAUGUAAUGUAUUUUUUCUAUCAGAUUUCUCGAUUAAUGGGAAUGGAUUUCAAAGGGAAAGGUUAACAAUUUCACACUCCUAACACAGAACGGAUUUCCUUGUGUAGAAAAAAAACAAUUCAUAUAAUUUAAGUUGAACAAAUCAUACAUACAUCUUUUGCUUAUAAAAAUAGCAAACAGUCCUUGUCGAAACGGGACAGACGCAACAGGUUACGAAUCUGUUUCACUUCAAUCUCGAAACAUUCUUUCUAUUAAAAUAGAAGACUACACCACGGGAGAUGCUUACUCACGAAAGAUGGUCGCUCUCUCAACAUUCGUACCUUUCAAUUUACACACUAGUAAGUUUCUUAAGCAGUUUCAUCAAGAAAGUGUAUAUAUGGCAUAAGUUAGUUUUUUUUUUAAUGAUACUUCAGUCCAGUUUUAUUUUGCUGUCCAUACUUAAGUAUGCAAACAGUGACUUCUAAUAUUAAUUUUGUAAAUAUCGCAAGAUUCUUUCUCGUAAAUUAAUUACUGCAUACUGAUCUACUAUGUUUGCGUUCAAUCGAGAGCAAACGUGUUGUCUUGUUCUAUCAUAGCGAGAUUGAAGUGACUUGCACCAAGCGUCUUUAGCGAUUGACCGAUUAGCCAAUUGCUACAGAAAAUGUACCUGGAUUUAUAAGAAGACGCAUUUGGUACUAGUGCAGUUCUAUUUGCUACAUUUGAACCUGACAGCAGUUUCGCUCACAAUUUUAUCCGUUUCAGAAUUGGCAGUUUUUAUCUUAUACUUUGUGUUAGGAAAGUAUGAAAAUAAAACAAAAAUAAAAAACAGAUGAUGUUACUUUUUAUAUGCCUUAAAGUGGGUUAGCGUGAUUGUGUGUUUAAUAUACAGCACGCCUUACACAAUUCCAUUUCUUAUGUAUAUAUGUACAUACACACGCACGCACGCACGCACAUCUAUACAAACGAGCGAAUCUGAAAAUGUAAUGAAUUCUUUUUCGGUUGUUUCAUAUUACGUUGUAUCAGCUUCAGUCAGCUGGGUCCUAUGAAUUCGUAUCACAAGUCAUUUCCGCAGUUUCACCAUUACUUUAUUCUGUUUCUAAUUUACGUGAUAAUAUAUCACCAUUAUUACAUAAGAAUUUUAUAAAAUCUAGACAUUCAAGUGCACAUCGCAUACACAAUCACACACAUGUUGCGCAUUCCGUAUUACAACGUAUUUAAGCGACCCGUCUUUAAG